GCGAACUGAAUGCAACAUGGAAAACACAUUAAGAAUAUGUAUUAAAAUUUAUGUUGCGACAGCAAAUGCAAGUGACAAUCUGAAUAGCUUAUUGCAUAAAAUAGCAGUUCGGCGUCGAGUCCAAUAUCUGCUGUCUCGGUUUAAGUGCAACUUGUGCCAUGGCUAUAUCCAGGGCGGGGUCAUAACGAUCUGUGGCCAUUUGUUCUGCUGGACCUGCCUGUGGGCGAAAAUUCACAGUCAUUUGAUGACGCAGUGUCCACGCUGCAUGGAUCGCCUGAUCCUGCACGAGGACAUCAUGCCGGUGUUUUGUGAUGGCCCCAAUCCAGAGCCAGCCGAUGGCAACGUGAUCGCCCAACCUGGCAAUGUGCCACGCCCAUCUGGUAUCUAUCUGUCUCCCGGCGGGUUUCCGAAUUGGUUUGAGGUGAGAUCCUUUGAAGAUGUCGCCUAUUUUGAGGGCGGAAAGCGGAGUAUAUUGUUAACCCUGAAGCGUAUGAAUAGUGAUUUUCCAAAGCUGUCGAAAGUGAUCAGCUUCUUGCUGGGGCUGCAGGUCGGCUCUGUUUUUGUAAUGUUUUUCCUAUGGUUAUACAUGCAAUCCUUGUAAUAUCCUUGGUAUAGGUUUGAUUUGUUUUUGUGUCUGUGAACAAACUUCAAUAAAUUCCAAUCCCUA